AUGCCACCGUUAAAGCCUCGUUGUCCACAUGAUCCAGACCCGGAAAAUGACUUCAAAUCAGUGCAAAUCGAAUACCAGCCAGCAUCGCUCUUAACCAAUCCUAACCCGCUUCACGUAUGCGGUGGUGGAGCUGCUGCCGUCGGUUCUGAUAUUUUCUACUUCGGAGGAUUUCUCGGAACACAUGGAAACAGAAACUUCCAAAAUACCGUCGCCCAUCUGAAUCCGAGUACGCGGACCGUUUCCCAGGUGAACAUUGUCGGCAGCUCGCCGACACGGAAGGCGUUCUUUGGUAUGUGUUCCUAUGAGAAACUAAAUGAAUGCUAUGUGUUCGGUGGACUUGGGGAGCGUCCUUCGGAAACUGAUCGCGUUCAAACCCCAGCAUCAUACCUGGAAAUAACUCGCGGGAGAUAUGUAAACAACGCAGUACAUGUGCUGGUCACAGGAGAUUAUGCUAGUACUGGAAGCUGUACGUGGAGAGAGAUGCUGUACACUGGUGACGCACCAGACCCUAGAUAUAGCUCUGCGUUCAUCAAUCGCGACAACUUUGCAUACGUCUUUGGCGGAGUUUGCAAUUCCUCAGUGGAAUUUGGAAAUGAUCUUCAUCGAUUAAAUUUGCGGUCAGCGGAGUGGAGUGGCGCUCUGCCGGUGACUGGAGAGCUGCCUUCAGCGCGAUGCCGUGCUUCUUUGGCCCUGAGCUCGACGUCCUUACUGGUUCUCUGUGGUGGUGUGGGGCAAAAUGGAACGAAUCUGAGUUCGCACAAUGACAUUUUCAUCUUUCACACUGAAUUACUAUGCUGGUAUGGCGUGAACACGUCACACAUCCAGCCACCAUUGGAGGCACGGUUUGCACAUUACUCAUGCCAGGAUCUCAUUGGUGACGUGUAUAUUGUAGGUGGUCGCAUGUCGCCGAACAAUAACAAUCAAGCAACGACGAUCGUCAGAGUGCGUACGGAACCGCUGUCCUUACAGAAUCUUGCUUUGCAGGUGUAUGGCGGCAUAGCGACUUCAGAAGACGUUGAAAGCUUGGGACACCUGAUUCAGCGGCUUGCCCGUAAGAUUCGAAUGGAGCCAUGCAGUAGCUGCAGUCCCCCUCACGCCUGGAUGUAG